CUGUUAGAGUUACAAUAAAGCUGUCAGUUUUUUUCCACAUUUUAAAAUUAGAGACUAAUUAAAUAGAUCUCGCGAUAUACACACUAAUUCGAUUGUUAAAUUAUUUAUGAGAGAUAUGUAACCUACAUAAGCUUAUACACUAAUGCAAUAAAUGCAUAGUAAGAACAGUUUCUCUAUUGCGCUUGUAAUUCAUAUUUUGUCUAUACCUUAUCGCUGGAGUCACGUACACUACGAGCGAAAAGUGGUGAACAGUCUUAUGUAUAUUUAUAUAUUUAUAGUAUAUAUGUAUAUAUAUUUAUAUACAUAUAUAUAUGUAAAAAUUGUGCAUCUAAGAAUGGCAUUAAUACUUGAAUAAUGAUAUUAUUUUAUGAUAUAUGUCCAUCAUUCGUAUUAAUUAUUUUUAUUAGUUGUCAUAUAUAAAUAAACAGAUUUUGAUUCAUGUUUCUUUUACAUUAUUAUAAAUGUAUACACAUGCCGUGUAGUAGAAUAUAUACAUGAAAUGAUAAAAAUUUAUAGAUACUUUUAGUUGCAAUUAAGCCGGAAAAGAAAUAUCUAUAUAAUUUAUUUUACACAUUUAUCAAGAAACGAUGCGAGUUGCAGUUUAUUGUAGAAAAACUGAAACACCGAUAUAAUACAAAACAUAACCUACAAGACGAUACUUGUUUGAGUUUUCUUGUUUUGCAAGUGAAAUGUUUUGUCCUAUUAAAUAUUUUAAACGAGGCCGAUCGAUGACAACUGCCGUUAGAUGCAAACGACGAGUUGUUAUUACCGGAUUAGGGGUUGUAAGUCCUCUUGGAAUUGGUGUACAGAAUGCUUGGAAGAAUCUUCUUGAAUCUAAGUCUGGAAUAAUCAAAUUAUCUGAUGUAGAUUAUGAUAAACUACCUUGUAGAGUAGCUGCUCUGAUACCUAAGGGAGAUCAAUCACACGAAUUAAAUAUAAACAAAUACUUUUCUAAGAGCGAAUUAAGAACAAUGUGUUCUGCAACAGCUUAUGCAUUGAUAUCUUCUGAAGAAGCUCUGUCUGAUGCGAAAUGGAAACCAGAAGAAGAAAAUGAUAAAAGAGAUACAGGAGUAGCUGUUGGUAUUGGAAUGAUUGAUUUAGUAGAUGUAUGCGCGACGUAUGAAGCUUUAAAAAAAGGAUAUAGCAAAGUCAGUCCCUAUUUCGUACCACGAAUUCUACCAAACAUGGCAGCAGGUCAUAUUAGUAUUAAAUAUGGAUUUCGAGGACCCAAUCAUUGCGUAUCAACUGCUUGUGCAACUGGAGCACAUGCUAUUGGUGAUGCAUUUCGUUUUAUACGUGGUGGUGAUACUAGUGUUAUGGUUUGUGGUGGAGCUGAAGCAUGUAUCAGUCCAUUAGCUGUUGCAGCGUUUUGUCGUCUUCGUGCACUUAGUACUUCCAAAAAUGAUUCUCCCUAUGAAGCAUCAAGACCAUUUGACAGGGAUAGAGAUGGUUUUGUAAUGGGAGAAGGGUCUGCUAUACUAGUAUUAGAAGAAUUAAAUCAUGCUCUCAGUAGACAGGCUCCUAUAUAUGCAGAAAUUCUCGGAUAUGGACUCUCAGGAGAUGCAGCACACAUAACAGCACCUAGUGAAGAUGGUACUGGUGCUUUGUUAGCAAUGGAUAGAGCAGUAAAAGAUGCAGGUAUAGAAAUAUCAGAAAUUACAUAUAUAAAUGCACAUGCUACUUCAACUCCAUUGGGUGAUACCAUUGAAUUAAAAGCUGUAGAAUCUCUUAUGGGAGAACAUAGUAAAAACGUGUUUGUAUCUAGUACAAAAGGAGCGCAUGGACAUUUAUUAGGUGCUGCAGGAAAUUUAGAAGCUGCUUUUACGAUUUUAGCUAUAAAAGAUGCUGUGAUUCCACCUACAUUAAAUUUACAUAAUUUGGAUAUAAAGACAAACCUACAUUUUGUACCUAAUGUAAAGAAAAAUUGGUUUGCUACUGGAAGACGAGUAGCUCUAAAGAAUGCUUUCGGUUUUGGCGGAAUAAAUGCGUGUCUCUGUUUUGCAGAAUAUAUUGCUUAAAAAAAGGUUAAAUAUCAGGCAUUUUACCAAACUAAAAAAGCAUAUACUGUACAUGCUCGAUAUAAUAAGCGGGCGUUAUUUUAUACAGGAAUAAUAAUAAAGUCAUUGUAAAUACCUUUGUACAUUUGCUGUAAACAAGUUUAGAAAAAAAAAAAAAAAAUAUUCGAUAAUGAAUCUAAUCUUAAUCAUCAAUUAUUAUAGUAACUUAAAUAUUUUAAAUAAUUUUAUGCAACAAUAUACAAUAUACAAAUUACAUGAUUUAGGAUAGAUUCUUUUUUAUAUAGAACUUAUUACAUUAAAAUUACACAAAAAGAGAUGUAAACUGGAAUAAUAAAAUAUAUAUUGGAAUGCAACAUUUAUUUUA